UUUGCGACGAUGACAGUCGCUUGACGGCAGACUGGGGCAGGGCUGCCUGUAAGAUCCGAGCUAUCUGGUCGUCCGCACAUCUGUCCGAUAGUCCAAAGUUUAUUCAAAUUAAUCCAUCGUAUCGGACCUAAUGGAUCCCAAUCGAAUCAUACAGGCUCUGAAGGGCACCAUAGAUCCAAAUCUCAGGCUAGCGGCUGAGAAUGAGCUCAACCAGUCUUACAAGAUCAUCAACUUCGCCCCAACUCUGCUGCAGAUCAUUGUUUCGGACCAGGUGGAGUUUCCUGUGCGACAGGCAGCUGCCAUCUACUUGAAGAACAUGGUGAGUCAGUACUGGCAGGACCGAGAGCCAACAUUGGGAGAGGUGGUGUUUCCUUUCAACAUCCAUGAAAAUGAUCGCGGACAGAUCCGAGAAAACAUGGUGGAGGCCAUUAUUGGCUGUCCAGAGUCCAUAAGGGCUCAGCUGACAGUAUGUCUGCGUGCCAUAAUAAAACACGACUUUCCUGGACGGUGGACGGGCGUAGUGGACAAAAUUAACCUGUACCUGCAGUCACAGAACAGUGGGAGCUGGUAUGGGAGUCUGCUCGCUCUUUAUCAACUCGUCAAAAACUACGAGUUUAAGAAGGCUGAGGAGCGGGACCCCCUGUUGGCUGCAAUGCAGAUCUUCUUGCCUCGGCUCCAGCAACUCAUCACUCAACUCCUGUCUGAUGCCACCUUCAUCUCAGUUCUGAUCCAGAAGCAAAUCCUAAAGAUUUUCCAUGCACUUGUACAGUAUUCCCUUCCACUACAGCUGAUCAGUAACACAGUCAUGACCUACUGGAUGGAGAUCCUGCGGACAGCUGUUGAUCGGGACGUCCCUGCAGAAACUCUGGAAGCUGAUGAGGACGAUCGACCGGAACUGAUCUGGUGGAAAUGCAAGAAAUGGGCUCUGCAUAUCAUCACAAGAACGUUUGAGAGAUAUGGCAGUCCAGGAAAUGUGACAAAGGAAUAUGUCGAGUUUGCUGACUUUUUCUUGAAGACAUAUGCUGUAGGAAUCCAGCAGGUCUUGUUGAAAGUGAUCGAGCAGCACAGACAGAGGCAGUACGUGAGUCCUCGUGUCCUCCAGCAGGCGCUGAGCUACAUGACUCAGGGCGUCUCGCACUCGCUCACAUGGAGACAGAUGAAACCGCACAUGCAGACUAUAACUCAGGAGGUGGUGUUUCCUCUGAUGUGCUAUAAAGAUGAAGAUGAAAGACUAUGGCAGGAAGAUCCGUAUGAGUACAUCCGCAUGAAAUUUAAUAUGUAUGAUGAUCAUGUGUCUCCCACCACGGCCGCUCAGACUCUAUUGUGUACAGCAGCCAGGAAGAGGAAGGAGGUUUUGCCUCAGAUGAUGGAGUUUUGCCAUCAGAUCCUCAUGGAUCCCCACGCUGACCCCCGCAGGAAGGACGGGGCGCUGCAUGUGAUCGGUGCCUUGGCUCAACACUUGCUAAAGAAGCGGGUGUACAGGGACCAGAUGGAGCUCAUGUUACAAAACUAUGUGUUUCCACUGCUCAACUCUAAUCUUGGCUACUUAAGGGCCCGGUCGUGCUGGGUGCUGCACUCGUUCAGUCCUUUGAGGUUCCAUAAUGAGCUGGUCCUGAGGAACGCUAUGGAGCUGGUCAAACAGAACCUGGUGGAUGACAAGGAGAUGCCUGUCAAAGUGGAGGCAGCCAUUGCAUUGCAGACGCUGGUCAGGAACCAGGAGCAAGCUAAGGUCUACAUCCGACCCUUCAUCAAGCCUGUGAUGCAGGAGCUGCUGCAUAUCAUCAAAGAAACCGAGAACGAUGACCUCACCAGUGUCAUUCAGAAGAUGAUCUGUGAAUACAGCGAGGAAGUGGCCGUCAUUGCGGUGGAUAUGACACAGAACCUGGCGGAGAUCUUCAGCAAGAUUCUCCAGAGUGAAGAAUACGAGGAAAGUGAAGAUAAGACUGUGAUGGCUCUCGGUAUCCUCAGCACCAUAGACACUAUCCUCACAGUCAUGGGGGACCGAAAAGAGAUCAGUCAACAGCUGGAGGGAAUAUGCCUGCAGGUGAUCGGUCUUGUCCUCCAGAAACCCAUCAUAGGUAUGGCAGAGUUUUAUGAGGAGAUCUUGUCGCUGGCGUUUGGACUCACCUGUUAUUCCAUCUCCCCUCAGAUGUGGCAGCUGUUGGGGGUCCUGUACGACGUCUUCCAGCAUGACUGCUUUGACUACUUCACAGAUAUGAUGCCCCUCUUGCACAAUUAUGUUACUGUGGACACAAAUAUGCUGCUGUCAGACCCCAAAUACCUGGAGGUCAUUUACACCAUGUGCAAAAAGGUCCUAACUAGUGAUGCUGGGGAAGACCCAGAAUGCCAUGCAGCCAAACUUCUAGAGGUCAUUAUAUUACAGUGCCGUGGACGUGGCAUUGACCAGUGUAUCCCUUUGUUUGUGGAGGCCGUGUUGGAGCGGUUAACACGAGGUGUGAAGUCCAGCGAGCUCCGCACCAUGUGUCUACAGGUGGUAAUCGCAGCUCUGUACUACAACCCCACCCUACUGAUACACACACUGGAGAACAUCCGCUUCCCACACAGCCCAGAGCCAAUCACAGCGCAGUUCAUCAACCAGUGGAUGAACGACACAGAGCUCUUCUUAGGACUACAUGAUCGUAAGAUGUGCAUCAUUGGGCUGAGUGUUUUGAUGGAGCUGCCCAGCCGCCCUGCGGUCCUGGAGGAAGUUGCAGGCCAGAUCGUUCCCUCCAUCCUCCUCCUCUUCCUGGGUUUAAAGCACAUCUACGCCACCCGAGUGCUCAACAAACCAGAGCAGCUCACUAGAGCUCAAGGCACAGAGGAGGAAGAGAAUGGUGAGAUUGUGUGUGACUGA